AUGGUUGUGCUCGAACCGUACUCAGUUGAUCUCUUAUGGAUAUUAAUUGUUGGCUUUAUUAUUGCAUUUGUACUAGCUUUUGGUAUUGGUGCUAAUGAUGUUGCAAACUCAUUUGGUACAAGUGUUGGAAGUAGAGUAUUAACAUUGCGGCAAGCAUGUAUUCUGGCAACAAUAUUUGAAAUACUUGGGUCGAUAUUAAUCGGAGCGAAAGUGUCUGAUACGAUACGGAAAGGUAUUAUUGAUCCAACUUUAUUCGAAAAUCCAAAAGAAUUAAUGCUUGGUCAAAUUUCAUCAUUACUUGGUUGUUGUAUUUGGUUGCUGGUUGCUACAUUUUUUAAUUUACCUGUUUCUGGUACACAUAGUAUUGUCGGUGCAACAGUUGGUUUUGCUCUUGUUGCUCAUGGUUCUCGAGGUAUAAGAUGGAUUGAAUUUGCUAAAAUUGGUGGUUCAUGGUUUGCUUCACCAGCAUUAGCUGGUAUUAUAUCAAUUGCUGUUUUUAUGUUUAUACGAAAAUUUAUUCUUGAACAUCCUGAUCAAUUAACAGUUGGUCUUCGAUGGUUACCUUUUUUUUAUGGCUUAACAAUAAUGAUCAAUUUCUUUUCAAUUCUUCUAUCUGCACCACCACUUUUAUAUUUUGAUCGUAUUCCAUUAUGGGGAAAAUUUAUUACAACAAUUCUUGUUGGUCUUCUUGUUGGUCUUGGUGUUAUGGUUAUUGUUAAACCACGUAUGAGAAAAACUAUUGAAGCUUUGUUAAAGAAGAAACGCGAUUUAGACGCUCGAGGAGAAACAGAAGAACCAGAAGUAUCAAAAACUGACGGUAGAGUUGAAACAGGUGCUAGCGGUUCAAAAAAGAAACGAGAUAUAGAAACUCGAAGAGAAGACGAACCACAAUUAACAAAAACUGAUGGAAGAUUUGCAAGUUAUUCUGUUACUCUUGAAAAUGUGAAUACAAGUGAUAAAGAAACUCAAAUUGAUCAUAUAUCAAUGCUUAAAGAAUUUGAUUUAAUACGUUACCAACAACUACAUCCAGAUCAAUUUCGUCCUUAUGUUGAAAUGCAACGAAUAAGAAAAGAUUCCGAAACAAUCUCAAGUCCUGGUGUUAGUGGUGUAUUACGUGUACGUCGUGAAAGUGAUCGUUUUCGAACGGAAAUUCUUGGAUCAGAUGGUAUAUAUCCUUCUGGACAACAACGAAUUGUACCUAAUCCAAUAGCUGUUCGUGAAAAAACAAAAAUCUAUCGUCUUCCACAAAGUACAAAUCCAGUUGUUUUACCAGGCGCUCUGUCUAAUGAAAAUAAAAGUUUGUUGUUAGCUGCUGUAUUUAUGCCCCAUGAUGAUAAUGCAUCGACAACAUCAGCUAAUCAAAAUAGUUCAAAUGAAGAUUUAGAUGAAAUAGAAGAUAAAAUGCCGGAAAUAUCAACAAAAAAAGUUUGUUUUAAACAGUUGAUUAAAUAUGAAAUUGAUAAAUAUUUAUUUGAUUUUUGUUUUUGUCAGAAAAUAAUUGACACAACAAAUGAUACAAUUGAAAUUGCUGGUAUUUUUAAAUAUUUACAAAUUCUUACAGCUAUAUUUGGUGCUUUUGCUCAUGGUGGAAAUGAUGUUAGUAAUGCAAUUGGUCCAUUGAUUGGUCUUUGGUUAAUCUAUGUUGAUGGUUCUGUUACUGCUCGGUCAUCAACACCACUUUGGGUACUUUUCUAUGGUGGUAUUGGAAUAUCGGUUGGUCUUUGGAUUUGGGGUCGACGUGUUAUUCGAACAAUUGGUGAAGAUUUAACAAAAAUCACACCGUCAAGCGGUUUUGUAAUUGAAAUAUCAACAGCAUUCACCGUUCUUUUUGCAUCUAAUUUAUCAAUUCCAGUUAGUACAACUCAUUGUAAAGUUGGUAGUGUUGUAGCAAUUGGUCGUUUUCGUUCAAAACAAAAUGUUGAUUGGUCAUUGUUUCGAAAUAUAAUUGUUGCAUGGAUUGUGACUGUACCUGUCACUGGUGGUAUAUCUGCAGGUGUUAUGGCUCUUCUUCGUCUUAUCUUUCUAUAA